AUGCCCACGUACACCAUCAAUACCCUGGGCCAGGCCGACUUUGACCUCGCCGACGCCCUGGAUGACCCUGAUCCCACCCCGAAGCCCAUCUCGGAUGAACAUCUACCUCCCGACGCCGGCCUCCACCCCAGCCCCAACCCCUGCCAGGCACAGGAGGGACCCGGAUGUAAGGACCCGGAUGUGGAGGCCGAGCUCCCAGGGCUGCGUCUCUCCUCCUCCUCCACCCCAGGUGCUGGCGACAAACACGUGAUCCACGGAGACCUUCCAGGACACUUCCUGACCAGAAGCUGCAGGGGGACGCCCCACCCCUUCCUGGGUGUGUUCUCCCCCCCAUUUCCGGUUCCGCCCCCUCCAGGCAGCGCGCUGGCCCGCCUCGUGUCCCCUGCUGUGUCCGUGGUGGUCGUGGCCCUAGUGGGCACCGCCAUCACCUACUUCUAA